AUGUCUUCGUCAUUACAUUCCUUACUGCCUAGAGACGGGUCUACCGAUUCACCGCCUCUAUGUUCUACUUCUAAUAGUUAUAAUGGUCAUAAUGGAUUGAGAAUUCUUUCUAUAUUUAUUAUACUUAUAUCGUCUGCACUCGGGGCCUUUUUCCCAAUUCUCUCAUCUCGAUAUUCUUUUAUUAGGUUGCCAGAUUGGUGUUUCUUUAUAGGUAAAUUCUUUGGGUCCGGUGUUAUUAUUGCAACUGCAUUUAUUCAUUUGUUACAACCAGCUAGCGAAGCUUUAGGAGAUGAUUGUUUAGGAGGUACGUUUGUCGAAUAUCCAUGGGCCUUUGGGAUAUGUUUAAUGUCAUUAUUUGCACUAUUUUUAACUGAAAUUAUUUCACAUUAUUUUGUCUCAAACUCAUUUGGUGAUAAUCAUGAACACGGUUCUGGGCAUUCACAUUCUCAUACACAUUCACAUGAUUCAGAUCAUGAUAAUAUAAAAGAAACUUGUCAUCUUCAUUCUGAUGGAUUUUUUGAUGAUGAGUUGAAAGAUGAGGAAGGAGAUAUAUCAUCUCAUAUCGAUUCUGAACUGUCGACAAGUAAUAUCCAAGAUAUGUAUAUCAAGGAGUUUAAAUUAAGGAAUGAUUUAGAAGAUAGUCCACAGAAUUCAAACAUAGUGUCCAAUAGCAACAUAUUAAAGCCAUCUCCAUUAAGUAAAAAUCGUUAUUCAUAUGAAAUAACACAUCAAGAUUUCUCUAAGAUAAGUAUACCAGUAGAAGAAAAAAAUAAAGAAGAAUAUUUGAAUCAAAUUGUUGCAGUGACUAUUUUAGAAGCAGGUGUUUUGUUUCAUUCUGUUUUUGUUGGUUUGUCAUUAUCAGUCUCAGGUGAAGAAUUCGAAACUUUAUUUAUUGUUUUGACAUUUCAUCAAAUGUUUGAAGGUUUAGGGUUAGGUACUCGUAUAGCAGAAACAAACUGGCCUCAUUCCAAACGCGCUACUCCUUGGUUGAUGGCGUUAGCCUUUUCUCUUACAUGUCCUAUCGCAGUCGCAAUUGGUAUUGGUGUGAGAAAUUCGUGGGUUCCAGGUUCUAGAAGAGCACUAAUAGCAAAUGGUGUCUUUGAUUCUAUAUCAUCUGGAAUUUUGAUAUAUACUGGUCUAGUAGAAUUAAUGGCACAUGAGUUCUUAUUUACUAAUCAAUUUAAAGGACCAGGUGGAUUAAAAAGAAUGUUAGCAGCUUAUAUAGUUAUGAGUCUUGGUGCUGGUCUAAUGGCAUUACUAGGUAAGUGGGCAUAA